ACAACCAUAAACAAAUAACAAGCAAAAACACUGGAACUAUAAAUGAAUAUAUACCAAACACACGAUGAAGAAGGAAUAUGAGAAUUUCACAGAAAGUGAAGUUGCGCAGGAAAGGAAAACCCUAAGUUUCACAGGAAAAAAAGUUUUGACCAAGGAGAAAGCGAAGUCUAAGAGCGUAUUCCACUUUAAAAUUGGCUUCGAGAAGCAUAGUGUUCAACAGGAUGAAAGGCUGUUAGCUAAUCGCGAAUAUGGCUUGCAAGCUGUCAAAGGUACGAAUACUCCAUAUCCGAAGAGGUCUAAGGGGAUUGAUUCAGAGGUACUGAAGGCAAGACUCGAAGCAACAACCAGCUCAUCCGUAAACGUUUUCGAUCCAGUGCGACAUGAACCAUCACAUUCGACCCAAACUUUCCAUAUGAAACGGAAGCUUUUUGACAAGGGGGAGUUCACCAUCUGCAAAGGUCGAAAAAUGAGCGAUGUUUACCAUCCCGCAAAGCGAUCUCAGGAAACUGUUUCUGGUCCGGGCCACCGAGGAACAGCCAGAGAGAGCAAUUUCAAUGAAGUAAGGAUCUUCUGCGCUGAAAACAACAUAAAAUUAGUUAGUUAGUGAUUCGUUAAGAAGCAACUCUGCUCCACUGCAUUUUCUUUUGUUGUCAUCGAAUUAAGUGGAGGAAUUAAAUUCAGGAGUCGGGACUUCCAUCUUCGCAUCUCCACUAGCUGUCUCUCUUUUUGUGGUGUCACUCACCGGCGAUAAAUGAUGCCAAGUGCAGCGGAAAAACCGGAAUGCCAGUGAGAGUGCUGAUGUGAAGUGUUCUGACUAGAAGAUACCCGCUACUCAUAUUACUACUUUACUCACUCUUCCUACUUCAAAGCGUUUGACAGAGAAUUAAACUUAUUUUGC